GCGGCUCCAGGCUCGCCAAGUGCCGUGCCCCUGGGAUCGGAGCGCCGUCCGGGAAAGCCAGCCGGCAGAGCAGGAGGGCGCGUGCCCGCGUGUGGAUGUGGAUGAGCGGACCUCGGUGCCAUGGCAGAGGCGCUGCCCGAACACAUAGUGAGGAGGAAAAAAAGCAUAUCUAUCGAGGAGAAAAUCGACAUCAUAAGCGCCGUGGAGAGUGGCAAGAAAAAGGCGGACAUUGCAGCCAAGUAUGGCAUAAAGAAGAACUCCCUGUCUUCGAUUAUGAAGAAUAAGGAAAAAGUUUUGGAAGCCUUUGAAACUUUGCGGUUUGAUCCCAAAAGGAAAAGGCUGAGGACGGCUUUUUAUGCCGACCUGGAGGAGGCACUGAUGAAGUGGUACAGGAUCGCGCAGUGCCUGAAGGUGCCGGUGAACGGUCCCAUGCUGCGCCUCAAGGCGAAUGAUUUUGCCCAGAAGCUCGGACACAGUGAUUUUAGGUGCAGCAAUGGCUGGCUCGAUCGUUUCAAGUCGAGAUAUGGUUUAGUUUUCAGAGCUCAGCCUGUAGAAGCAGCUGCAACUACUACAGCGGAUGCUCCAACCCUUUGGUACCAGAAUGUGCUUCCUUAUUAUUUAAAUGAUUAUCAGCCAAAAAAUGUGUUUCAUAUACAGGAGACUGGAUUGUUGUAUCAGAUGUUACCACAUAACACAUUUGCAUUUAAAGGGGAAACUUGUUCUGUAGGUAAAUUAAGCAAAGAGAGAAUAACUGUAGUGGUGGGGACAAAUAUGGAUGGCUCCGAGAAACUUCCACUGCUUGUUAUAGGAAAAAACAAAAGUCCACGGUCUUUCAAAGAUGUGAAGUCGCUUCCUGUGGAUUAUGAAGCAAAUGACAGGGCAUGGAUGACUCCAGAAGUGUUUGAACAGUGGAUGCAUAAACUCGAUGGCAGAUUUCAAGCACAGCAGCGCCGAGUGGUUAUUCUUGCUGAUUCUCUCCCAGCUCACACAGAGGUAAAGAACCUGAAGUCUGUCAAAUUAGUUUUCUUUCCUUCAGACUCCUCUUCAUGUAUACCUGUGAAACAAGGGGUUAUCAGAAGUCUGAAGGUUAAAUACAGGCACUGUCUUAUCAAGAGAUUUGUUGAUUGUGUAGAAGGUAAUAAGGAGUUUAUGCUGACCCUUCUUGAUGCAAUUGAGAUGUUGUACCUGUGCUGGAGGGAAGUAACACCACAGACUAUUGUAAAAAGUUAUAAUGGAGAAGAAUUCAAAUUAGAAACUGAGACAAAUGGUAACAACAAAGAGAUUGAAAGUGAUCUUGAUUUGAUUGCUCACGCACAAGCAGCUGGAGUGGAGUUUCCAGAAGGCUUAUCUUUGGAGGAAUAUGCAGCUCUAGAUGAUGACUUGCUAACUUAUGAAGUGCACAUAAAUAAUGGAAUGAUGUGUGCCAAAGAAAGUGUGUCAGAUAAAGCUGGGACAUUUUUCGUUGAUGAAGAUGAAGAUGAGGAUGAGAAUGAAGGUGAUCAAUUUCAGGGAGCUGAACAGAUUUUGCCAUCAAAAAAUGAGGCUUUGAGUGCUUUAGAUACCCUUCGGAAGUUUCUCAGAAGUCAAGACACGGAUGAUUGUCUUUAUGAUUCCCUAGUUGACUUGGAGAAUUUUAUUCAACAUGUAGCAAGUAAAUAAAUAUUUUAGCAAAGUGGGAAAGCACGUAAUUAGAAAAAAAUGAGAUUAUGUAAGUAAACAAAGGCAGUUUAAUAACAAGGAUUGCUGAAAUGUUCUCUGGUGUGUUUUGCUCAGGUGACUAGAUGUACGUAACAAAAGAAAUUUGAAAUUAUGGAAAAGGGCUGAAACCGAAAUUUUACACAAAAUUAGGAACAAAUAACACAAAUUUGGAGUGAGCCAAAUCCUGAAACUGAUAACUGUAGUAAGUAUAGUGGAGGAAAAAGAAGUUCGAUGCACUCAGGAUAAACUCAUGACCACUUGGAAUUCUUUCUUGAGGAAGAGAUUAGCACUUCUACGCAUUAAUAAUUCCACUGGUGUCUUUGGUUUUUUCACGGUGCAGUAAUAAAUAUUUAUCAGCUCGGUGCUUUUGAUACAUAAACAAGAAAUUGGAUAACACGGAAAAUACAUGCCUAAAUUCUGAGAAGUAAGGGUUUUUUAAAAUAAACAUUUUUGUCCUUAGUCAAGAAUUCUGGCCAUCAUUUAUUCUUGCAGCAAGUGAUGAACAGCAGAAAGUUACCACAGCUUUGGAUGUGUUGUUUUGUUUUGUUUUCUUAAAACUGUUCACAUGUGGAUACACACGAAUGGCAUAAUCAUUUAUCCAAGAGUCAAAAGACAAACAAAGCUUUACUUGGGCUGUGAAGAGGUCAAAAAGGAAGGUCAUUCUCUCCCUUUCAGCCUUUUUGGUACAUGGAUUUGAUGUAGGUCUUCCUCUGCAACUCCAUGUAUUUCUACAGAAAAUACAGAAAAAAGAAUCAGUUUUUGCAGCAUCUGCACUAAAACCCUCACUGAACUCUUGUUUUAUUUACAAUACUUGAAGACUUUGCUGUAGGAUUCAAUGCACUAAUGUGGUUUGUCAUUUUAAGUCCCAUUAACAAGAGUGCUGUUUGCACGAGUGCAGUAUGAAGUUGAGUAAAUUAUUGUACAUUUACAUGUCUUUGAGUAUGUGUUUCAGGCAAUGUAAUCAUAGCAGAGCCAAAAACCAGAGUCUAUAUGAAAUGCCCUGCUUGUGGCUUUUUUCAAAACCUGUUUUAAAUCUUUUCUGUAUCUAUCAGUUAAAAUUUUUUUCAGAAGUUAGAUAUAAUUGUUCUAAUUUAGAGGAAGAAUAAAAUAUUUUAUGGAAGCCCUUUAGGAAGGCUGUGUAAUAACGAUCAUAUUAUGGUGCCUAUAAUUAAACCAUGGAAAAAAAUCUCAUGCUUAUUUGAUUCUUCACUUUUCAAUAAAUAGUUUGGCUAAAGCUUUGUUUACUCUUUUUUCUGGUGUAGGACAUUUUAUCAGUUUGUGAAAGCAUUUGAGAAAAUUGUUGGAAGACUGUGAAAAUACCAGGGUGGUUUGGUGAGAAAAUGCAUAUGGCUAAACUGUAUGAAUGUUUUACUAGAACCCCUACCAAAAAACCCACGCAAACUUCUGGGGUUUUUUUGUGAAAUAUCUGAUGUGAAUUCCUUCCAAAGGAUAUUCUGAUUAAAUAGGAAAUUUCUGUUGAAAUCCCAAUAAGUAAAGUCCUCCAUGGAGAUUUAUAGAUUCCGUGAAAGAUCCCUCUGAAUUAGCUCUUUUAACUAUUUAUUAUUUUAUUCUUUUCAAAUACAAAUUCAAAGUCUUUUAAAUUAGAAAGCUGUGUGACAUUUUGCUUGCUUAAAUACUUCAGAACAAACUUGUGAAAUGUACUUUCUAUUUUGUCUAAGCUUAUUUGAGACCUGCAGAUAAUUUUCCUAUAGUAAUCCUUUGAUUUAAAAUAUGUUUCUUUGCAACAGCUUCUCCAGCUAAAAGCAAGUUUAGGAAAAAGUUUCUAUUAUCCAUAUAGUAAAUAUGUAUAUUUAUUACGAUGUGACUCCCUGUGGCCCUUAUUGGCCCAAGUCCCAGAUAAAGAGACCCUCUGUUUCCUUCUGAGAGAGUGAAGAGUGUGAAAAUGUUGGAUCUGAAUGAGAAAGACUUGUGUAUAUAAGCAGCAAAUCUUGGUUGCCCAAGAGUUCAACCUACAGGAAGUGUAAUCUUCACAAGAAGCAUCUUAGGAAAUCAGGAGAUGGGAAAUAAUGGUUUUAGCUGGCAAUGAAGGAAGUAAAUUACUGAGUGCUGUCAUACUCAUGACAUGUAAACAACAGGAAGGAUUUACUGUUUGACCUGGACUUUGAAGGUGAGUUGUGGAACUUGCUUUAAAAAACAUACAACCCAUCAAAAUCCUGUAUCUUUAGAGAAUAUACGACUUUUUCCUAGCCUCCUAGUUCAUUCUGAGAAACUAAGUUAAAAUGCACUCACUGAAACUGAUUUUGUAGGUCACACACUUUAUAUAGCUUUCAAAAUUAUUUAGGAGUCCAAAUAUUUCUCUUCACUUGGAUUUUGGUCGCAUUGAUAGUCAGAGAAUGUGAAAACCAUUCUGAAGCUUGUUGCUGUUUUGGGUGUCUGUCACAGGGAAAUGCGGACUCAGAGAUCUGAAAUGCUAACGGCAAAAAAGGAAGUGGUGUGCUAUGUAAAUGUUAAUCAAUUUAGCUAUGUAAAUGUUAAUCAAUUUAACCUGUGUACACAGUUUGAGCUAGAGAUUUCUUUGCAUUGUCUGGGUAAACCACCAGGACACUGGCUUUUUGUGUCUGUAGUGGUUUCGUUUGGAGGGAGAGGAAGAAUAUUGCUCUAGACUACACCAUAUUUUAAAAGAAGAACCUUUUCUACAAAAGGCAGGUUACUAAGGCUGUCAUUUGCUAUAAUAAUUCAGGUAUUAGUGUGGACAACUGCAUGCUUUUUUCUGUAGCUUUUUUGCUUAUGCCAUGGUUAGACUGUGAUUAUGCUCUUCAGCGUCAAGUCAGUGAGGCUGCUUUCAGUAACCCAAAGUGAAUUCUAGAAGUAUGAACUGAACAUAGGAAGUUUUAAAAACAUAGCUG